GGCCCAGCUCGGUCCCCGUGGUGGAGUGCAGGCCCGUCCGCCACCGCUGCCUCGCGCGACCCUUCGUCGGACCCUCUUUCACUUGCUUAUUAACUUUCCGAGUGGCUCCGUCGGGGGCGAAAGUGAGUCGGGACCGGAGUUCAGCUUCCGAGGCAUCCUGUCGGCGACCUGACGUGUGCGUAGGCGUCCAAGGAGGAGCGUGAAGACGACGAAGAAAGCGUGUAGACGUGAGGAGCGCUGGAGACGGUAGUCAGUGAGCGUCCUCGAGCCGCGCCACAACGUCGAUGGCCCCUCUGAGUUCCACACCGCCCACGAGAGUUUAACGAACACUAACAAAGCGAACGACAGUCAACGAAUGCAUAAUACGGAAAUCCUGCUGUCAAUAAAAGAGAACAAACAAACCAAUAAACCAAAAGCGAAAAACAAAAACAAAAAUAAACAGUUGGUGCUACUCAUGUGCUAUGUACUGUACCCUAGUGCAAUAUAGGGUGCCCGACUCUGUAUAGUAAUAUAUGGUACACUCAGCCAGUGGUGCUCGGCCAGUGAGAGACGAAAGGAAAUAACAAAAUACGAAACAAAAAAACAAAAAAAACAAAAAAAUAGAGAAGGAACUCAGUGCUCUUGUAUACGAGCCCAAACGCAUAUGUAUACUCGUACAGGAAGUGUUCAUGUAUAUCCUGUAUACUUAGCCUAAGAUUUAUACAAAGAACCGUACUCUGAGACAGAAAAUAACAAAACAAAAACAAAAAAGAUAGAGAGAAAAAAAAAUAAAAAAAAAGAAUUACCUAAAUACAUAAUAACAAUUAAAAAAACAACAACAAACGAACGACAGUAACGUUUUAUUUUAAGUCUCGUAACACUCAAAAGGUGUGAGGCCAAACUGACCCCGUCGCCGCCAUGUAUGGAAUGCAAGAGUAUGUUCAUCCCCCACCGGAAAUGCAAUAUUUCCCUUUCAAGCGGGAACAUGAGAUCUUCAUGCACAAGUCUGCGAUGCAGAUGCACAGUCGGGAGGCGCACCGCAGCGAGGUGAAGCCGCACCAGUGCCAGCAGUGCCUCAAGUCCUUCUCCUCCAACCAUCAGCUGGUGCAGCACAUCCGGGUCCACACCGGGGAGAAACCCUACAAGUGCUCCUACUGCGACCGCCGCUUCAAGCAGCUGUCCCACGUUCAGCAGCACACUCGACUACACACUGGUGAGCGCCCCUACAAAUGCCACCUUCCGGACUGCGGCCGCGCCUUCAUCCAGCUGUCGAACCUGCAGCAGCAUCUCCGCAACCAUGACGCGCAGCUGGAGCGCAUGAAGAACCGGCCGUUCCACUGCAACAUCUGCGGGAAGGGCUUUGCCACUGAGAGUUCGCUUCGGACCCACACAUCUAAGCACGCCGUCCACAUCGGCGGGCCUAACGCCGUCCACUGCCCCCAGUGUCACAAGUUCUUCAUGAACGGCGAACAGCUCAUGGACCACAUGAAGCUGGUACACAAGGACCCCAACGCCUCAGGCGUCGGAGCGAAGCGUCGCACGGCCUCCCACUCGUGCCCCGUGUGCGGGAAACACUACGUGAAUGAGGGCAGCCUCCGGAAGCAUCUGGCAUGUCACCCCGAGACCUCGCAGUUCACCUCCUCACUCAGGAUGUGGCCCUGCUCCGUGUGCCACGCUGUCUUCACCCACGAGUCAGGUCUCCUGAACCACAUGGAGCACAUGAGGAUGGACCCGAAGCACCAGUUCGCCGCCCAGUACGUCCUCUCCCGAGCCGCCGCCGAGCGACGCGAACGAGAGAGCAUUCUUGGCCUGGCCCAAGUUGGCCUGCAGGGCGGAGGCAAUCACAUGGGCAUGGGCAUGGGUAUGGGCAUGGGUAUGGGCAUGGGAAUGGGCAUGGGAAUGCCGCACCAGAUGCAGCACCAGGUUCAGCACCAAGCGCCGAUGUCCAUGGCAGCUUCCCCGUCCACCCAGAGCGACGCCUCCUCCCGGAUGUCAACGCCUGCGGAGAAGUUGGAGUCCGGGAUCGGCCGCAUGCCUUCCCCGUCGGACGCCCUGCGCUCCAUAUCCAGCCACCAUGACGUCAUGAACCACAUGCGCCCGCACCCCACCGACAACAUGCGCGCCAUGAUCAGCCAGAGCCAGGCAGAGCUCGUCAAGUCCACACUAACAUCGCAAGCCGAGAGCAUCCGCAAUGCCAUGGCCUCGCAGGCUGAAGUCAUCCGUUCUCUAUCCAACCACCAGCACGGACUGCAGCCAUUGCAGCAGACGCCGCAGCAGCAACAACAGCAGCAGCAGCAACAGCAGCAGCAACAGCAACAGCAGCAACAACAACAGCAGCAGCAACAGCAACAGCAACAACAGCAGCAGCAGCAGCAGCCGCCGCAGCCGCAGCCCAGCGGCCACCAGGCCCCCGAGUCCAUGGGUUCUCCCCAGCCGGACAUGCGCGACAUGCGUGACCUUCGCAUGGGCGGUGGAGGCAUGGAGGCGGCCCUGCGAACCGCGCAGGCGGAGGCGGCGUUGCGGCUAGCGAACCACGAGGGCCGCCCGUCGCCGCAGCACCAGGGCGAGGUGACCGACGCCCUUCGCCUUCAGGAAAUGCGAAUGGAACACGCUCUUCGCCUCCACGGCGACCCGCGAGCACUGCCCACCUCCCUCCCCGGCCCCCUGGGGUUCCCCCUGGCCCCGCCUCAGCACCAACCGCAGCAGCAGAGCGCCUGAACACAACUCCCGCCCCCCGCCUGGGAGCAAGCCCUUCUGCCCCCCGCCUGGGAGCACCGCCCCCCGCCACUCGCCUGUACUAGUCCUCUGGUGAACGUGUCAUGACUGUACGUCUGUCUGUCACAUCGCCUUGGUUCCACCUUUGUUCUGUUGUGUUGUCGUAUUUUUAGCUGUGAUAAAACGAGAUAGUUCCUGGCAGGAACUAUGUAUUAAUUUAAUAAUCACUUCUCUGUGUUAGUUCCUUGAGUUGUUGUUGUUAAUCAAGGGUGCUGAGCGUGGAGGUCUCGGCAAGGCCUGGGGGUCCACGCACGCCUGGGGGCCCUCUGGCCGCUCCCCGCCAGAACACCGCCACCGUGGCCGACACGUCCCAGGCGCUCCGAUGGUCGCCCUCCCGACAGUUCCUCAACAGUUACUUUAAGUGCAAUUUUAGGGACCAGCGGUCUGUGACACUCAAUACCUACGGAGAAGAGGAGUCGUCCUCGCUUGCGCCCGCGUGGCCCCGCCAUGCAUGCUGCAAGAGCAGGCGCUCCAGGGGCGCGGGAGCCGCGAGGGCAGCAUCCCUCCAGGCUCUGCCCCCACAGGUGACCCAGUGAGGCAGGCGCUGCUGUAUACCAUAAGUUCAUAUUGCUUCCAUGGCUUGACAUGAUUGCAGUCAUUGUGUACCUGUAAUAAAAAAGAAAUCUAUCUUUGUACAUUAUAAUGCAUAAUACGCACCAGUGUUGGUGGUGUACAUUAAGCUUUGCACAGCCGAGUGUAGAAAAUGUUCAAGGUCCUAAAACAAGCAUACAAUCAAACAACACCUUCUGAUAGUGAUAAUCUCUCGAGUUGUGCGUGAGGAGUGGCCACCUCCCUCGGUGAUCCCAUCGUCUGCAGCACGGCGCCCCGGGGCACCUCCAGGGGACUACCUAGAGAGCCACCCCUCUCACCCACGGCUGGAGGGUCCCCGUCAGGAGGGACGCAGGUUCCCACGUGGAGAGUUGUCUACAAGGCCUCGGGCGUGUCCACCCGCUGCCUGUAGUGGCGCCACACCACAUCCUGCGGCGGGAGGAAGAGGAUGAUUCAAGCUCUGGAAAAGUUAGCUGCUGACGACGAGGCAGCCAGAAUGACGUCCACUCUCCCUCCAUCAUCAAAAAGACGCCGCCUACUCCGUUUGAUCCUCCUUCACCUUCGCUCACACCACGCAGGCACGUUCACUCUCGCUCACACUACGUCAGCUCCUCGACAAAGUGUCACAGUGGACCACUAUUUUGUUCCAGAUUUUCUAUAAUGUUGAUUGCUCAGUUACCGACAACCAUAUAGAAAGAUGGCUGGAGUAUUCGAGCUGAGUAUUGUGCCGUGCUGCCAGAGAAGGACUUGGAAAAAAUGAAAACAAAGGUUUAAUCCUUGUUGAACAUGUAUAAUUACUUUAGUUCAUGUGGACUGAACAUAACGCAUGUGUAAUUAUCAAAUCUGUUUAUACAGUUGCACAUUUAAGUGUCUAAUUUUCUGAUUACAAUUCAUCUGCGCAAUAUUGUAAUAAGUGUACAUUUCCAUCAAGUAGCUUUGAAGGCAAAGAGAAUGAUUGUGUGUCAUUGCAACUAUAGUCUUAGGCAACUUUAGCAUAGGGAAGUAGCCAUCAUACUUGACAUGGUCCUCUUUCAACUCUGAUCCAGUGAUUUCAUGUACAGAUUGAAUAGUAAGAUUUUUAUAGCUUCAUGGAGAUUUUUGUAAGUGAGCCUUCAAAGCUACCUGAAACAAAUAAUUAACUGUUGACUGUUCCUGCAACCAGAGUUUACCGUUGAAGCUGAAACCGCUAAUGUUCCCACUACCAAUAGCCCUAGAAUCAAUUAAUGUUUGUACACUACUACAACUCCUAUUACCACUAUUAACUAUUGCCACUACCACUACAAUCACUAUUUCUAAAACUACGACUGUUCCUACCGCUAUUGCUACCACUACUACUACUACUACUCCUACUGCUACUACGACCAUUACUAUUACUAUUACUACUUCUACAACUACUACUACUACUACUACUACUACUAUUACUUCUCCUGCUGCUACUACUAUUACUACUCCUACUACUACUGCUACUACUGCUACUACUACUGCUACUACUGCUACUACUGAUACCACUACCAGUACUGUUGCUAUUACUACUACUGAUACUAUUACCUAUACUACUACUACUAUUGCUACUACUAUUGCUACUACUACUACUGCUACUACUACUACUGCUACUA